CCCGCAAGUUCCGCCCCUGCGCCUUCCCAUCCCGUUCUACCGCGGCCAACAUGGCUGCUCCCUGUGUGUUUUGUGGUGCAGCCGUUUCCUAUCGAUUCUUUCUCGGGUGUAGGGUUAGCUUUGCCCGGGGACAAGGCCUCUGGAAAGCCGCAGCUCCUGAACUGCAGGCAGGUGCCAGAUGCCAGAUAUUAAGGCUGAGACACACUACUGUUGUGACAACAAAGAAAAAUGUUGCAGCCUCAAGACGUGAAACUUACACAGUGGAUUUUAUUAAAAAGCAGAUUGAAGAGUUCAAUAUAGGAAAGAGACACUUAGCCAACAUGAUGGGAGAAGAUCCAGAAACUUUUACCCAAGAGGAUAUUGAUAGAGCUAUCGCUUACCUUUUUCCCAGUGGUUUGUUUGAGAAGCGAGCCCGGCCAAUAAUGAAGCAUCCUGAAGAGAUUUUUCCAAAACAAAGAGCAAUCCAGUGGGGAGAAGAUGGCCGUCCAUUUCAUUUUCUCUUUUAUACUGGCAAACAGUCAUAUUAUUCGUUAAUGCAUGACACAUAUGGAAAGCUCCUAGAUGUAGAAAAACAUCACAACCAGUUGAGAGCCAAAGAUCUCUUGGCAGAAAAAACGAAAAUCUUAAAAGACCCGAUUGGCAGCAGAUGGCUGAUUAAGGAGGAACUGGAAGAAAUGUUAGUGGAAAAACUGUCAGAUCAAGAUUACGCACAGUUUAUUCGGCUACUGGAAAGAUUAUCGGCGUUGCCAUGUGGUGCCACUGAAGAAGACUUUGUGAACAGGUUCCGUCGGAGUAUACCUAUUCAAUCAAAAAAACAGCUGAUUGAGCCUUUGCAGUAUGACGAGCAAGGGAUGGCCUUCAGCAGAGGCGAAGGUAAAAGAAAGACGGCAAAGGCAGAAGUGGUUGUUUAUGGCCAAGGAAGUGGGAGAAUAGAAGUGAACGGAGUCGACUACCUGCUCUACUUCCCAGUGACGCAGGACAGAGAACAGCUGAUGUUCCCCCUCCACUUCCUUGACCGGCUUGGGAAGCACGACAUGACCUGCGCGGUGUCGGGGGGCGGGAGGUCGGCGCAGGCAGGGGCCGUCCGCUUGGCGAUGGCGAGAGCCUUGUGCAGCUUUGUCACUGAGGAUGAGGUCGAGUGGAUGAGACAAGCUGGACUACUAACCGCUGACCCCCGUGUCAGAGAACGGAAGAAGCCGGGCCAAGAGGGAGCCCGUAGGAAGUUCACCUGGAAGAAGCGCUAGGUGAUUUCAGCAGGAGAGGAGCGAGCAUCGCGAGAGCCUGCCUGGCACCUGGCGCACGCAUGGGAGAUGGCGCCCUCCGGCCCCGGCAGCACCACCAGACGUCGAAGCUGUGAGAGGAUUGGUUUUAAAAUACUACCUUGUAAAGGUGACCUUGAAAAAAAAAUUCUUUUUUAAUGUUUAGCUUUGUUAUGUUGCUUUAUUUUUAAAAGCUUUUCAGAAGAGAGUUCUAGAAGCACAACUCUUAGAAUCUUGGCAUGUUUGACCUGAAAGGAGCAUCAGCCAAACCUGGUCAAGAAAACCUCCUUUUGCAGACAAGAAGGCCCAGCCCCACAGAUCUGACCAGCCAGAGCUGCGCUGCUAAUUUAAUGACAGAGCUAGGCUUGAACUCGUUCCUUCUGUUCUCCUGUUUUCCCAGAGAACAGUUGUUACAGCGUUAUUUUUCAAAGCUGAGGGAUGAGAGUUCUUUUUCAGAAGAAUGAAAUAAGUGAAGCAUCUUUGUCAGAAGCUGGCCAAUCUGGAGUGGCCUGAGCUGCCAGGGGUCAAGUAGCAGAUUAAGAUAGCAGGCCCGUCCCCUCCCUGGCCCAGCAGCCACCAUUCUACUCUCUGUUUCUGUGAGUUUGACUUUUUUAAUUCUACGUAUAAGUGAUACCGUGCAGUGUUUGUCUUUCUUUGUCUGGCUUAUUUCACUUAGCAUAAGACUUCCAAAUCGAGUACAGACUUGCAGUUAGAGGAGGAAUCAGUUGAGGAUCUCGCUUUAUUUAGCAUGUCUGUGAAACCUUAAAAUACUUUCCAAAGUUC